GAACUUAAAAAGAAAAACAGUUUUCCAAGGCAAGGAUGGGUUGUUGUAGCAGAAAGAAUAGAUUGUUAGGAGCUGAUCUCAAUAGCUACACGUCAAUCAAAGAUUCAAAACCAGUUAAUCAAGAAGAACAAGUUCUGAAGUCUCAAACACAAGCUCCACAAGCAAGGCACCGCCACCAGCAGCAGCAGCCACCGCAACCGAACCCUUCACCGGCAUGCUCAGAGUCAGUUCAAGUGAGGCACAAGACAGUGUUACGGAAGCCAUUGGAAGACAUUAAGGAACACUACACACUCGAACAGGAACUCGGCAGAGGCCAGUACGGGAUAAUUUACUUGUGCACAGAGAAUUCAACAGGCAACACUUACGCAUGCAAAUCCAUAUCUAAGCGGAAGCUGAAAACUAAACAAGACAAAGAUGAUGUCAAGAAAGAGGUUGAAAUCAUGAAGCAUUUGUCGGCUCAGCCUAAUAUCGUGGAAUUCAGGGGUGUUUAUGAGGAUGUACACUCUGUUAACAUCGUAAUGGAGCUUUGUGCUGUUGGUGAGCUUUUCGAUAAGAUCAUUGCCGAGGGUCAUUAUUCUGAGAGAGCCGCUGCAGCUAUUUGUAGACAAGUCCUAAACGUGGUUCAGAAUUUCCAUUUCAUGGGAGUGAUGCACCGUGAUCUUAAACCGGAGAACUUCUUGUUGUCCAGCAAGGAUGAUGGAGCUAUGUUGAAGGCAACCGAUUUCGGGUUUUCCGUCUUUAUCGAAGAAGGGAAGCAAUAUCUCGACAUAGUCGGUAGUGCUUAUUACAUAGCUCCCGAAGUUCUGCGACAGAGUUACGGAAAGGAAAUCGACAUAUGGAGUGCAGGAGUUAUUUUGUAUGUUCUACUUAGUGGUGUUCCUCCAUUUUGGGCUGAAGGGAUACUUGAGGCCAUCCUUGAAGGAGUAAUAGAUUUCGAAAGCGAUCCAUGGCCUUCAAUUUCCGAGAGUGCCAAGGAUCUAGUGAGAAAGAUGUUGACAAUGGACCCCAAAGAACGGCCUACUGCUGCACAAGCUCUUGACCAUCCUUGGCUGAGAGAAGGUGCAGCAUCAGACAAGCCGAUAGAUUCCGCUGUUCUAACCAGAUUGAAGCAAUUCAGAGCAAUGAAUCAGCUGAAGAAGCUUGCAUUGAAGGUCAUUGCAGAAAAUCUAUCUGAAGAAGAGAUUAAAGGUCUUAAAGCAAUGUUCACAAACAUCGACACAGAUAAUAGUGGCACAAUCACUUACGAAGAACUGAAAGAAGGUUUGGCUCGUCUCGGAUCGAAGCUCAACGAGGCUGAAGUCAAGCAAUUGAUGGAAGCUGCUGAUGUGGAUGGAAAUGGAACGAUAGACUAUAUUGAAUUUAUCUCAGCUACAAUGCAUAGACACAGACUCGAAAGAGACGAACACCUGUACAAAGCAUUCCAGCAUUUCGACAAAGAUAACAGCGGGUUCAUUACAAUGGAUGAACUAGAGGCUGCUAUGAAGGAGUAUGGAAUGGGUGAUGAAGCCAACAGCAAGCAAAUAAUCUCCGAGGUGGAUACCGAUAACGAUGGGAGAAUCAACUACGACGAGUUCUGCACAAUGAUGAGAAGUGGAGCACAACCCGGAAGGCUCUUUUAGAUGCCUUUUUGAUGUUCCAUUGCGAUAGCUGAGUUGCAUAAGACUGAAGUAACCUAAUUAACAGUGUACCACCAGAAGGUAUCCAGGGUCACCAACUAUCUUGAUCCUAAAACGGGUAAUUCGACGAUACCAGAGUAUGAAUUUGAAUCCGUUCGAGUUGCAUUCUUGUUUAUGUAUAUCUACAAUCUGGAUCAUGUAUCUAUCAUUUUCCUAGUUCUAUUAUUGAUUGUCACCUUCUUUCCUUU